AUGGACAAUGGAGCAAAUAAAAGGAUUAAAAUGCUAUAUUUUAGCCUAAAACAUAAGUACAAGUAUGGUGGAUGGGGACGAGUACUAGGAUCCGCAACUAUAGUCGUGUCAGAAUUAUGCUCGGUACGUUUGCGUAGGUUGCUGGACUCGAAGCAACGCGGUGAAGCCAGCGAUUGGGAUUCAGAUGAGACCAUCGCGAACUGCAGCGAUAAAAAAUCAUAUAUGACGACGGUAAUCGGCUACGUUCGCUCUCUUGUAUUCUUCCUGUUGAUCGGUCUUUCCCUGGCAUUGCCAUUGUUAUGGUUGGACGUCGAAGGAGGAGAUGAUCAACAAUAUCAACAAUGGCGAGGAAUUGGCCCUCUUACAAUGGUGAAACGAAACAUUGCAAUCGGACGAGGAGACGGGUUGAGACCGGGCAAGUAG